UACCACGUGAUGAGGCACAGACAGGACGACAACACCGGCUGGGGGGACAAGAAACAGAUGAUAGCCAUAUCUAUAGAAAUGAUCAAGGAGGCCCAAAUGAGAAUCCGGCAGAUCAGGGGCAUUAUAAAGAUGCAUGACGACCGCAUGGCUUUCGAUGUAGGGGUUGUUUUGGGUAACAUCCGCGAGAGGUACCGACGGAUGUUCGAGACCUACAGGCAGUUCAAUGACAAACACACUAUGCGCUCGGAGUUCCAUCCGCCCAGUAUCGACCUCAUGAGGGUGGCAUACUACAUCGUGGCUAUGCAGCUGGUGCACGAGAUAGAGCUUGACAUAGACAAGUUGAUUCAUGUUCUGGAGACCAUAGACAACGAGGAUUUUAAUCCUGACCCACGCUACGACACCGUGACGUCGACGAGGCGGCCGGGUAUCAAGAUGAUUGCUCGAGCAAGAGAAGAAGAAGAAGAAAUACAGCAAAUGGCAGACGAGCAAGCUCUGAAACGGAAGAUGAGGGAGCGACACCUGAUGAGGAGACUGAACCUUGAGAGACAGCACACCACAGCCAAGAGGUUCGAGGGACAGUGGCCAGUGGAGGGCAACUGGGAACUGGGAGCCUAUGGAGACAUGGGGCUGUAUGCUGGUCAUCAAUAAAUGCCAAGAUUUUCA